AUGCAUUACAUUGCAAACGAAACGAGGGCUAGCCGGCAAAACAUAUCGUCAGAGCAUACCAAGGAAGAAAGACCAAGUCCUAAUUACGUCUUUCAGUAUGAAACUGGUGGUUGUUGCGUCCACGAAGAACCUCCACAGCAACGCAUCCCAAACAAUUUCAUGACAAUGUUCCAAUCCCAACAGGUCUUUGACAAAGCGAAUAGCACCGAUAGCGAGAUGGGUGUCGACAAAUCGGUUUCGCAUACUCGGUCGUUGUUUCAAAAGGCUGGCCAAUUAUUGCCUCCAUCCAAAGUCUACCACCUAAUCACAUACUUGUAUGCCGAGAGAAAACUGAUGGUAUUCUUCUUGGUUCAUUUCGUGAGCACUUUGAUCAUUUGGUCCCACUUUGCAAUUCGAAAGCUUGAUGACCAGUUCGCUGCCGUUCCGGAAGCUGCCAACCGAUACUGGUGGAAAAUCAUUACACCUGCUUUGGAAUUUGGUUCCAUGCACGCCAUUCUAUUCCAAAUGUCCUUGAUUCCAUUGACCAUGGCACGUUAUACCAUCAGCAGACUAUGUGAUUCCGUCUUGGGUAAAAUCUUGCCCUUGAACCGUAGCCUCCGAAUGCACAUUCACCUCGGAUACACUAUGAUCAUCAUUGUCGUUUGGGCCGUCAUUUUCUUCUUUGUCUUCUUUGGGCUACUCUGUUCCGAUGGCGAGCAAGCCUUUUGCGAAAAGUUCACGGAAGAAAUCAUGAUAACUGGAUACUGUAUCUUGGCGUUCUUGCUUCUGGUUGGGUUCACAUCUUACUUUCGGCAUUCCAUUCCCUACGAGAUCUUCUACGCCCUUCACCAUGCCGUCUUCAUCAUGUACUUUGUGACCAUUGCUCAUACUUUGGAUGUCGAAGCACGAACCGGAAAGGAAAGAAGCCAGACUUUCAAAUGGUUCACUUCAACCUUGUUGUUCUACUUUUGCGACCGUGCGGCCAUGCAUUUGAACCACAAAUACCGGACCAAAGUAACAGGUUCAUCCACUGUGGCAGGUACCAACGGAUCUCGAAUGAUCAUUCUCAAACUCAAGAAGCCAAUCCUCUUUCAGUUCAAAGCUGGACAAUACGCCUGCUUGCGAAUCAACGAGAUUGAUAACCAUUGGCAUCCUUUUUCGAUUGCUUCCAGUCCAAACUCAGAAGAACUCGAGUUUUACAUUGGAAUCCAUGAAAGUAAGAGCUCAUGGACUACCAGGCUUUGGGAUAUGCUGGCAGAUGAGAAAGGCAAUCCAGUCAGAAACAUUCGCAAGUAUGUCGAAAUCAUGGGCCCUUACGGAACCAGUCUCGCAAAUACGGAUGAGUAUUCUCAUAUUCUGUCCCUCGGGUCAGGUACUGGCAUCGUCCCCGUCUUGAGUCUCUUCAAGGAGCACGUCCAAAAGAUGCUAUCCCUCGAUCCAAAAAGAUACCUCCAGGAGCUGGAACGCCGCAAGAUACGACUCAACAGAGUCCAAUUUGAAAUGGACAAGAGAAAGGGAUCCUUUGCGCAGAAGGUUGUUGUCAGCUGCCGAUCCAAACAAAAACUCGUCAUGAGCAAGCAAGAGCAACUCGAAGCUUCCAUCCGAGAGGACCUUAUCCGACACGAUGGACUCUCCAACUUGUCGGAUAUCCGAAGCAACAUGGCCCGACUCAGAAAAAAGGCCGGCCAAUCCACUCGCUCACUCUAUGGUAUCGUCUUGCUCUGCUUUUCUCCCGUCUUUGGGGUGGUCGUCCUCGGAUUGACUAUUUCUUGGAACACCACGGAAGUCGAUCUUGCACCGGAGAUGUUCGUUGCACUUGAAGUCAUGACAGUCCUCUUUCAAACAGUUUUUGGAUUUGUGUCCGUAUGUGUCUGGGAUUGUACUUCGAUUUACAACUACAUCGAUCUUGUCUUCUGCGCCGUUGCUUUUUUAUUUGACUGGUAUUGGUUCAUUGUCUACGAAAUCCGAGGAGCCAAGCUCAGCCCUGACGAAAUCAUCCUUGCUUCUCUCUUCCACGGAUACAUGACCUUGCGUCUAUGGAGUCGUGCUGUCAGUCCUCGCCAUAAGACUUGGAAGAAGCACGUUGAUGCCUAUGCUGCUGCUGCUGGUUCUGCUGCCGCCAAUUUGAACUGUCUCGAAAUGAUUUGGACAACCCGAUCUGCGUCACAAGCAUCCAAAAUUCUUCCAGACAUCAUCUCGCAUUACCACGAGCUGGUUGCUGCCUGGGGCUACCAGAAUGCCCCAAAAGUCUGUCAUGUUUCGAUCCAUGUCACUGAUCCGGAUGCAACUGCCUGUGCCUUGUUGGACAAAGAGUUUGGUGGAUCUAGAGGAUUGAUCAAGAUCACCUAUGGUCGCUUGGAUAUUCCACGUUGGAUUCAGGACCAUACGCUCCGCAUGAUUGACAGUGAGAGUAAGAGAUCCUACUCGCUUUUGGCUUUUUGUGGCUCUCCCGAGCUUGCCCAUGAGAUGCAUCAGUCCAAGAUUUCAAAUGACAUGAUCACGGCCAUCACUGGAAACAAGAAGCAUCAGAUGGAGUUUGUGUCGGAGAGCUACGGUGGACCACCAUCCAAGAGCAAGAAUAAGUUGGACGUCAAAGCUCAGACUCGUCCAGAUGAUGAGAAUAAUGAGCAGCAGUUUGGCUUGAAUACUCGUUCUGAUGUUCGGUACGAUAAUAAGAGUCCCAAUGACUUUGUAUAUGACAAGCGGAACACAUCCAUGCAAAAUUCCACCACCAGCCGCCCUUCGCCCAGAAAACGAGAAGAAAUAGAGCGACCAUUCAGUCGCUCUCCACACUGGGAAGAACGUAGCAGCAGGUCGAGAGAUUUCUCUCCAAGAUAUUAUUCAUCUCUUCACGACGAUACGCACAACAGAACUGGGAGGUCGGAACGAAGAUCAAGCAGGACUUUGAGUGACAGGCAGAGGACUUCGUUUUCGCGUGAACAGCAUGGUCAUUCUAAUAAGCACGUGGCGGAGCAGGAUUUCGGCUUUGUAUGA